GGCCGUGAGGGGGAGCGGGGCCGGGGCGGGGCUUCCCGCGGGGACGGCUCAACUCGCCGGGGUUGGCGGCGGCGCCAUUUUGAAUUGGCUGAGGGUCGGAGGCGGCGGCUGCCGAGCAGGGUUCCGUGUCCCCCGAGGGAGAACCCGCGAGGAAGGAGCGGAUAUGGCCGCGAAUAGGAACUUGAAGCAAGUGCGGAUCGAAAACAGCUCCCCAGCGGUGCCGAUGGGCAUGGUGGGGGGCGGCGGCGGCGGUAACCUGAAAGGUUUGCGCGGCCUAGAAGCGGAGAGUGAGGCGGCGGCGGCCAUGGCUCUGGUGCCGAGCAAAGAAGGUGGCGGAGAUGAGGAGCCGGAGGUUGGGUUCACCAUCGAUAUCAAGAGCUUUCUCAAACCUGGCGAGAAGAGCUACACGCAGCGUUGUCGGCUGUUCGUGGGGAAUCUGCCUACUGAUAUCACCGAGGAGGAUUUCAAGCGCCUUUUCGAGCGCUACGGGGAGCCCAGCGAGGUCUUCAUCAAUCGGGACCGUGGCUUCGGCUUCAUCCGCCUGGAAUCUAGGACCUUGGCUGAAAUAGCAAAGGCAGAACUUGAUGGUACUAUUUUGAAGAGCAGACCACUUCGAAUUCGAUUUGCUACCCAUGGAGCUGCCUUAACGGUGAAGAAUCUGUCGCCUGUGGUUUCCAAUGAGCUGCUGGAACAAGCGUUCUCGCAAUUCGGGCCAGUGGAAAGAGCGGUUGUUGUAGUAGAUGAUCGCGGCAGAGCCACAGGGAAAGGUUUUGUAGAGUUUGCAGCAAAACCUCCAGCACGGAAAGCUCUGGAAAGAUGCAAUGAUGGGGCAUUCUUGCUUACAACAACACCUCGACCUGUUGUUGUAGAACCAAUGGAGCAAUUUGAUGAUGAGGAUGGACUCCCUGAGAAGCUAAUGCAAAAAACACAACAGUACCACAAGGAAAGAGAACAGCCUCCCCGCUUUGCUCAGCCUGGAACAUUUGAGUUUGAAUAUGCUUCACGGUGGAAAGCUCUUGAUGAGAUGGAAAAGCAGCAGCGUGAGCAGGUUGACAGGAACAUUAGAGAAGCCAAAGAGAAACUUGAGGCAGAAAUGGAAGCAGCUAGACAUGAGCAUCAGCUAAUGCUGAUGAGGCAAGAUCUCAUGCGUCGUCAGGAAGAAUUGAGGCGUUUGGAAGAGCUUCGAAACCAAGAACUUCAAAAACGCAAGCAGAUCCAAUUGAGGCAUGAAGAAGAGCACAGACGUCGGGAAGAAGAGAUGCUACGCCAGAGGGAACAGGAGGAGUUGCGACGACAGCAGGAGGGAGGAUUUAAGCCAAAUUUCAUGGACAAUUUACCAAGAAGGUUACAUGCAAGCCAGUAAAAAAAUGGAAAAUAGUGUUCUCCAUGAUUUCUCCAGGAGAGAUGAUAUACACAGUUGCUUUAAAAAGAAGGAAGACUAUUCACAUGUACUUUCUCUUGGAAGAAAAUAUAAAAACUGCCAUUACAAAGAUGGGAGAAAUGGUCUUUUAAAAUGCUAACAUUCUUCAUCCUUUGACAUGAUAGCCCUGUGUUCCCUAUAUUAUGUUCUGCUUUUAAGGGAGAGAGCAUGUGAAAGGUAAGCCACAGCUGCAGUUUUAAUCAACUUCAAAUAAAAAGCUUUUCCCAGAAGACACACCUGUAAUAAUGAAACAAUAGUUCAUCUUCAGUUUUGUUUCAGUGUGGAACAUUGUGCUUCUAGAACUUAGCAUUGUACCAGUACCAGUUCCACAUCUGACAUUUUCAGAAGCAGAGCUGUGCCAAAUCAUACAAAUAAAGUUUUUGCCUUGGUGUGUGAAGAGUGCAAUUACUGCAAUUCAAAAACUGAAUGUUCAAGACUUUUGAAAGAAAAUGUAUGGAAGAAUUGCCAUCUAUUGAAUUGCUGGUUUGAAAGUGAAAAUUGUCAACUUGGCAGCAGGGAUGGCUGUAUGUCUGAAAUUAUUUUAGGCUCUGUGUCAGUUUAUUAUUGCCAUGUUUUUGUUUAGUUUUUGUAAUACCACUUAAUCCAUGUUUGACAUUUUUCGUGCAUCACACUUGUGUAGUUUUAUAUAUUAUUCACACUGAUUAAUAGAACUGUCUAUAGAUGGGGAGUACCAGAGCAUUUGUUUAGUAUUAUGUAAUUUGUUUAGGAAGGUUUUUCAUUGAUAAGCUUGUUUUCUGACUUGUAUUUACUCUGGAUGUUCUGGAAGUUUCCCCACUUUUUUCUACUUUUUGUGGGGGAAAAGUAGCAAGUUAUGAAAAAGUGGUUAUUAAGAAAGUAAAUGGAAGUCCUGGAUGCUUCUUACUGUUUCUAAAAUGACAGCUGACUCAGGAGAAUAAAAUCACUUGGUAUACUUUCUGCAUGAUUAUUCUAGACUUUUCCCUGCUUACAGCACACUUAAGGAUCAUUAUUCAAGGUUAAAAACAAAACCUUGAAUAAUGUUUCCUUUAGUUUUAUUACUGUCUGGUUUUAAUCCUAAGUGUGUUUACAAGACAGUAAAUUAAACACAAAUGUCUCGAUGUUUGCUCUGAACAGUACUCUUAACUCCCCAAGUUGCAUUACACAUAAGGAAAAAUAAUUUGUUCGAGUUUCGUACUUUUUAAGUACUGAAUUAGCCAGUCCCCUGGGGGUGCGGUGGGGAUGGAGGAAACACAGAUUUGUGAAGCAAUCAUACUCUUGUUUCCAGUUCCAUUAUGUUCCUGGACAUGCAUUUUUUACUCUUUACAUUGGGCCCAUUUGUUACAAAGAUUUAAAAAGAAAUAUAAUUUAUCAUAUUUCAUCCAGUUUUAAGUUCAUUGAUAAAUUGUAAAAAUAGAAUUGGUUUGUUUCGGCACAUUUACUUUGCUGAAGAUCAUGGCGUGUAGUAUAAAUAGCAGAAAUAGGGUACUUCAAGUGUUGGUGUUUACUGGUGGUGUGUUGCUGUGCCUUUAAGACUGGUUGGAUAAAAGCUGAUACAUAUUGAGCAUAACAAUGUCUUAAAACUCGGUGCCAAGAACCUUGAUGCUGAACUUGCAUUUCUGCUUUGUUGCUGUGGUAAUCACAGAAAUACUGGUUUGAAAGUUUUCAUCUAGAUAUAUAUGGAGGAGGGUAAAGGAUUGAUUAUUUGUAUGUUGCUUGGUUUUGAAGUCCUGUGUGGGAAAACUGGUGUUGUAGAAUCUACUUUAUAUGAUUGCUUAAAAAUCUACUGGUUUUUUUAAACUGUCAUGUAUGUUUAAAACUGUCCAGUGUGAAGGAAGCCAAAUGAUGUACCUUUAAAGCAUGUGGGAAAACGAUUUCACUAGAGGUCUUACUUGAGCUCUAAAUCAUUUACUGGUUAGACACUGAGGACAUGGUGUCUUAACUCUAACCUUAAACUACAAUAUAUUGAAAAUUGUGCAAGCUUCUGUCAAGCUUUAGAAGUGAUGUGAGGAUGUAAGGUGACAUACUGACUGUAGGAUCCAGGGGGCCAAAUUUUUGAUAUUUGAUACUUGUCACUGGCCUGCUCUGGUUAUCCUAAUACAUUCCUUUUAGAAUUUUGUUUCCUUUUCUUUACUUUAGGUUUUCUUUUGUUGUAAAAGGCUUUAUGUUUUCCUGAUGAUGUGGAAGAUAUGAGCUGUAUGAAACUUUAUUUGGGGGUUCUAACGCUAAACUUGGAAAUGGUUUAAAGCAAGGGAAAGAUGUCAGAUGCACAGUAAAAACCAGUUCUUUCUGUGAUUUGACAUGUUGUUACAUACCUCUUCAUAUGUGUUUUCUAAGUGUAUAUCAUGUAUGUAUUCUUAAACUGUUGUGCCUUUAAAAAGGAUUUAUGUCUCUUUCUAACGGGGGCAAAAAUUUUUGUUCUGGACUAAUUUCAUUUCAUAACUUCUCUUUUGUGUAAUUACACAAUAAUGAAGUGGCAGAGAGUACAUGAGAACUUAAUAGAUAGUUACUCUUUCUGAACUCACAGAUGUGUGCAAAUACUAAUACAGAAAGUUAAAAGUAGAUAAGUGCUCUGCUCUUCAUGGAUUUACAGAUGGGGGAGAUACUAUUGUGGAAGAGCAGGAAAAUGUGGCUUUAUCUCAUCUUUCACUUUGCAGCUUUUAAUAAUUUGGGAACUACCAUAGAAUUAAAAACCCCAAAUACGACUCUUAUAAACUUCAUCUAAAAUUCUUAUAUGUUGUUUCAGAGUUCUGCUAUAAAGAAAACUAAUUCAGUGUAAACAUUCAAAUAAAAUACAUGCUUUAAUUUAAAAAAGUAAUUCUGUAAGCCUGUGUUUUAUUAAGUUGAGAAGAGUAAUGUUAUUGGGGAGUUAGGUGUAUGUUCUUGUAUCUUUACUUCUUGACUACAUAACCUUCAAGGAAUAGAGGUGAAAUUAAUGGCAUGCAGGGAAAUGCUAAAUAUACAGGACAAAAUUUCCUGGGAAAGGACUGAAGUUCAAAUAUGUAUAACUUAAGUACCAGUGCUCCCAGUAGAGGACUUCUGUCACAAGUUUAGAGAGCUCCUGCUUGGAAACAGGUACUGCCAAAUCUGGUCCUGCUCUUAUGGCAGGAAAAUGUCAUCCUUGAUUGUGACAAACCAAGAACAGGAUUAUCAGGAUUUAAGUUUAUGAAGAACUAGUUAUCUUGCCACAGUGAUAAAUCUGAAUGGCUGAAGAGUCAGCAUCUUAGGCAAGUUUGUCUGCUGAGUUGGUAUAUGUACAUCUGUAUGAUUGUCACAGCCUUCCCAGGACUUGGAAUAUAGUAGUGCCUUUGGUUGUUUCAGCAGUUGCUUCAUGUGCCUCAGUUAAUGAAGUUCAUUUAUGGCUGCACAGAUGCUUUUUCAAAGUCAUCUUUUCUGCUUAGCAAAUUCUCUCAGGUAGUGACAGCCAUCGCAGUUGUGGGUUGAGAGUGGUGCCAUCAUGGGGUGCUUAAAUCACCAUUUGCUCCUAUCAGCUGCAGUCAGCUUAGUUUAUACCUGUUCAGUCAUUACAGUGCACUUCCACGUAUUACUUUUCAUUAAUGAAAGUUGUGUUCUCAAUGAGGUAUUGAUCUGAGCAAGUUUGAGUAGACACUUAAGAAAAUACAGAAAAUACAAACUAGUUACAUUUGUACUGUCAAUGAGACAAAUUCCUUUAAUAAUUGCGGGUGUGUUUCAGAAAAUUAAUCUUUUGGAUUUUGUUCUAAUUCCCUAAGUUGGUAAUAAAGAUACUUGG